UUGGCCGAGAUCAAAUAUGACUCGCCCUAAACCAAAAAAGCGGAACAGAAGAAAAAUAGGAGCAAGGCCCUAUAAGAAUUAUUCAGAGGAAAUGCUCUUAUUAGUGGUGGAAAUGUUCCUUACCAAAAAGGUGUCAUCUUAUGACGCUGAAAAACAAUUCGGUAUACCACGCCGUACAAUAGAAAAGCGGGCUAAAAAUUUACAUACCAGCAAACCAGGUCCACGAUACCGAUUCACGGAGGAAGAGGAGUCGCAAUUUGUAAAAGUGCUUAUUGUUGCCUCUGAAUUUGGAUGUCCAUUAACACAGUUAGAUUUCCGCAUGAUCGUAUUCGAUUACCUUAAAAAAAAAAAUAAAGCCUACAUUUUUAAUGACAAUCCUCCAGGUGACUGGUGGGUUAAGAACUUUUUGAUAAGACACCAUGACAAACUGACUGUGAGAUCUACACAAAACAUCAAAAAAGCAAGAGCCGAAAAAUCCCUUCAAGAUUUUCAGAUAUACUUUGAAAAUUUGAAGAGCUGUGUUAAAGAUUUGCCGGCAACUCACAUACUAAAUUACGAUGAAACUAAUGUCAGUGAUGACCCAGGGGCAGUCAAAUGCAUUUUUCGCCGGGGAAUCAAAUAUCCGGAAAGAACAGUCAACUACUCAAAAGGUUGUAUUUCUGUAAUGUUCUCAGGAACAGCCAGUGGUGAUCUUUUAGCCCCGUACAUCGUCUAUAAAUCUGAGAAUAUGUGGACACAAUGGUGCGAUGGAGGUCCAGAAGGGGCACGUUAUAAUCGAACUAAAAGUGGUUGGUUUGACUCGGCCAUCUUUAUAGAUUGGUUUACGACCAUAGUGAUACCAUGGGCUAAAAGUCUAGAAGGACCAAAGCUUGUCAUAGGUGACAACUUAUCAAGCCACAUUAACUUAGAAGUCAUAGAACUUUGCGAGCGUUACAAUAUAAGGUUCGUAUUACUACCACCCAAUUCAACGCAUAUAACACAGCCCCUCGACGUCGCAUUCUUUGCCCCACUAAAACGAACUUGGAGAAAAAUUCUUAUGAAAUACAAAAUUGAAAAUCCAAAGCAGACAUCACUUAAUAAAAUGCACUUUCCGUUACUUUUAAAGCAGUUAAUUCAAGACGGAAACUUAAAUAAUGCUGAUAACUUAAUCAGUGGAUUUAGAGCAACUGGUAUAUUUCCAUAUAAUCCACAGAAAGUAUAUUCAAAAAUUCCAGAAUAUUGUGAAGAAAUUACCCAUGACAUAGAUAAAUCCUUACUUGACUAUCUAAAAGAGAACCGAAAUCCAAAUCCAAUAAGAAGAAUAAAAGGAAAUAAAAAAAUGAAUGUAGCAGCAGGAAAAUCAGUCACCAGCUCGGAUAUAAAUAAAGAUGUAACUAAAAAAAACAAACUGAACAGCACUAGUGAGUUGACAAUCAAAACAAAUUUUGCUGCUAACAGUGGUGAACAAGUAGUGGGAAACAAAUUACCAGAAAAAAAGAGGCCUAAAAUAACUAUUCUUUCAGAAAUAAUAAUACCCCCGAAGGCAGACGGCAAUCAAAAAUCACAAACAACGAAAAAUGAACAAAGAAAAGCUAGAACAUCUGAUUUUACUACAAAAAGUGAAGAACCAAAAGCUGGACCAUCCGGAUUUAUGAUAAAAAGUAAAGAACAAAGAAUUUCAAAUAAAGAUGUUAAAAAGAGGGGUAUCAGAACCAAAAGACUCCACGACGAUUCUACAGAUUCAGAUUCUGAAUGCUCUAUACAGUAUGCAGAUUCUUCGGAUUAUGAUUUCAAUGAAGACAUGCAGGAUUACUUAUUAAAGCAACUGAUAGAGGAUCAGAAAAUGAAGGAACAGGAAAUAGAGGAACAGAUUACCGAAUUAGAAACAAAUGUACAUGGGACGGAAAGCUUGAGAAAAAGAAAUUAUGAAAGGAACGGAAAGGAGAUGGUAAAUGAAUAUGAAAUAGAGCAAGACGCAUGGGAAAAACAGGAGUUAGAGGAACAAAUGAGUGAAUUGGACACAAAAGGGACUGAGACAGAAAGCUUAAAAACAGAAAUUAAUGAAAUGGGAGGACAGAAGAUAGAACAAAAGGUAGUAAAUAAAUAUGAAAUCAAGCAAGACGCAAGAAACAAACAGGAAAUAGACCAAGAAAUAAACACUUUGGAAACAGAAGGACAUGAGACAAAAAGCUUGAGAAUAGGGAGUAUUAAAGGUAAUGAGACUUUAUUAGAGGAGGAGACAAAAAAUGACUCAAACAGGACAGACAAAGCCAAAAGUUUAUAUAUUGGACAAUACAUAUUGGUAAAGUUUGAAAGCACCAAAAAUACAAAAAAGUAUUACUGCGGCCUGAUUACGAAUAUUACCGAACGUGAAGGUAUUUUUGCGAAAUUUAUGAGAUUCAAAAACGGCGGGUUUUACUGGCCCACAGUUCCCGAUACAAGUAUUAUAUUUAAAAAUGAUAUAGUGCAAAUUUUACCCAAUCCGUACAAAAACCGGCGUGGAAUUUCAUAUUUUGACGUAAAAUUUAAAUACAAACUAGAAUAGUAAUUUGUUCAUUAAUAAAUAUCCAAUAACAUUUAAA